AGAGCGCGGAGAAGAGAGAGGUGACCGCACACCAGCAGCUACCAGCUCGAAUGGUCACAUAUUACCAAAUCACACGCGUCUGACGUAGGCGCUGAUUUUAGAGGAAACACGCGAACCAGAGAGGAGCCAAAACGAACAUAUACCAAUAUCCAAUGACCUUACUGGAUGUUUGGAUUUUUUUCAGGCUUUAGGAAAAACGUAUUCUAAGUCGCGACGUAUCCAAGGUUUAAUGUAUAUAGACACUUUAUUAGAGAUGAUGUUCAUCGCUGAAAACAGCGUAAAGUGGCUGCACAAUAGAGCAUCUCGCAUGGCGCGUUUAAUUGCGGAUUAAGGCGAAUCAGACGGAGAGAAGCGGAGAGGCACAACAACAAGGAGUCGUUUUCUUUAUUGGUGGGAGUAGGGGUCGGAUUGGGAGAGACGAACUAAGGUUGGGAUCAUCGCUCGGAUGGUGGUUCGGUGGAUCUCGCGACCAUGCGACGACGGUGCUGGAUGAUAGUACUGGUGGGGAUGAUGUCCUACUUCAACCCGGAGAGGGCUUUAGGAGCCCCGCAGAGAGAAGUCUCCUCGUCCAGCAGCGGCUCUCUCUCCCCUCCACCCUAUGCGAUCAUCCUCAUCUCCUGCUCCGGCCUGGUGUCCUUCGUCCUGCUCUUGCUCACCUGCCUAUGCUGCAAGAGGACAGGAGUGGGCUUCAAUGAGUUUGACAAUGCUGAGGGCGAGGAAUGUUCCGGAGCUUCUAGUCCGCUGCCUGAGGACAGUCUCUCCUCCUGCCCCUCACUGCCUGAGGUCUACACCCUCCCUCUCAGGGAACGGACCAACUACUCUGCCCUACCCAAUGGCAUGGACUCUAAGUCCCAAAGUGUCAGAAGGCACGCACUCAACUAUCUCCAAGAGAUUGGAAAUGGCUGGUUUGGAAAGGUGAUCCUGGCGGAGGUGCUAGGGGACUGCGGCUCCGCCCAGACUGUGGUAAAAGAGCUGCGGGCCAGUGCCAGUCCACUGGAGCAGAGGAAGUUCCUGGCAGAGUCAGAACCCUACAGAAGCCUUCAGCAUCCAAAUGUCCUGCAGUGUCUGGGCCAGUGCAGUGAGAUCACCCCCUAUCUGUUGGUCAUGGAGUUCUGCCAGCUGGGCGACCUGAAGAGGUAUCUGAGGGCUCAGAGGAAGUCCGAUGGCAUGACCCCUGACCUUUUGAGUCGUGACCUGCUGACCCUGCAGCGGAUGGCCUUUGAGAUCACCUCUGGCCUUCUCCAUCUGCAUGAGAACAACUACAUCCAUAGUGAUUUGGCUCUAAGAAACUGCCUCCUCACAUCUGACCUCACUGUUAGAAUAGGAGAUUAUGGUCUGUCACACAACCACUACAAGGAGGACUAUUACUUAACACCAGAUAAACUGUGGAUCCCUCUCCGCUGGAUUGCCCCAGAGCUGCUGGAGGAAUACAGAGGAAGUCUGAUUGUCACUGACCAGACAAAGACCAGCAAUGUCUGGUCUUUAGGUGUGGUGAUCUGGGAGCUGUUUGAGUUCGGCUCCCAGCCCCACAGACACCUGAGCGAUGAGGAGGUUCUCACCUUCGUCAUCAGGGAGCGACAGAUCACACUGGCUCAGCCACGACUCAAACUCUCCCAUGCAGACUACUGGUAUGAGGUCAUGCAGUCUUGCUGGUUGCCAUCAUCUCAGCGUCCCUCAAUCGCCGAAAUCUUCCUCCUCCUAUCCUCUCUGCUGGCUGCAGAGCGCCGAGUGAGCCGCAGAAGCAUGGGUGAUGACGAGGAUGAAGAAGAGUACGAGGAAGAGGACGAGAGAGGGAGAAGAGGGGAGAGCGAGGAUUCGUUUGAGAGGCGGUGGGAUUCCCUCCGCCCACCAGCCUUCCAGACAGUGGCAGGGGAGAGACGGAGGGAGAGAGAGUACGAGAGGGAGUACGAGAGGGACGAUAACGGCUACCGGGGUCAUAACGGCUCUUUCCCUCUGCUGGACCCGGUGGGAAACAGCAUCGCCCCCUCCUCCUCUGAGCUCGAUGACAUCCUGACCGUGACGGAGACCAGCAAAGGGUUAAACUUUGAGUAUUUCUGGGAGAAAGCCCACGGAAGGAAAGGUUACAAACCGCUCCCACCACCUCAGCCAAUCCCAACUCCUAAUUCAACGCACAGGCAGUCCUUGGACACACCUACCGUUGUCCCGGUGAUCAGUGCUCGGAGCCCUUCCCUUGCUAGCGAGUAUUACAUCAGGCUGGAGGAGCACACUCCCCAGGACAGGUCCCCCACUCUUAAAGGCAAAGUGCCCUCUCAAAGGACAGAGUCCACCUCCCCCGGGGACUUGGAGCUUGUGGAGCUUCAGAGCGGAAUGCUGGGAAAGGAAGAGAAAGGACAAGGUUCCGUCCAGACGGUACAAACCGUGAGGUCUAGCGAGAUCCAGGUGCUGGUCCCAAACACUGGCGUGGUGGAGUUCAGCAAGGAGAGCAGCAACAGAGUCACAGACUUCACUGUGGUAGACAUUGGAGAAAGGGGGAGUGAGAGGGAGGGGAGAUCAAGGCAGUCCCAUGGCUCUCAAGGGCCCAUCCUCCCCCCAAAGCCCCGUACCGUGCCGCCCACCGCGGGUAACCUCCUCCACUCUCGUCCCCUGCCAGCACCGCCUGUUGGGUACCACCGACUAAUUGGACUGGGUCACUACCCUGGCACCUCCUACCCACUUGGCAAGGGGCAUGGAGGAAGUUGUUCAGUGCCAAAGGCUACCUUUGACCAUUUAGGGCUGCACCGCCAUCGCCAGACUAUGCCCCCCUCACCCUCUCUCUCCCCCUCUAUACCCCAGUCCUCUGGGGGCCACUCCGUAUACCCCCCGCCCCAAACCUGCCCCCCACCCCUCCCUCCCCAUUACAGAAUCCAUCGGGCUCCUUACUACCCCGGGGAACCUUACACUAGUCGCUAUAGAUCAUUGCACUUACAAAGAGACCCACUGUCCUGUGAUUAUCUCGAAAAGAGGCCCCUUGACAAAGGAUUGACACGUUCACAGUCUUUGUACAAUUCUAGGGGGGCUUCAGAAGCCCAGUCGAGAGACAUAGAAUCCCCGGUCCACAGAGACUCUCCGCGUUCAAAAAUGACUCGCUCCCAGUCUACAAUUCCUACAAUCGAAAGACAUUCCUCCUCCAGCCCAAACUACUCGGACGAGGACGACUCGCCAUUCGAAUCCCCAACCCGACUCCACGGAGCGACCACCGUCCAACACACCAGCCUGGCGAACGAACGUGACUCUGCCACUGACGAGCUACUGUCCCGGGGGAUGAAGCGCACACAGUCCCGUCUCGCCACCAUCCUGCCAGCCAUAUGGAGAGAGGACGAGGAGAUGAGGGAGCGGGCAGAGGCGGCCAGGAAGUCUCCCAUGCAUCUGUUCCUGACAGAAAUCUCCAGCGUGAGCGAGUCCACAGACUCCAAAAUAGAUGACACAACAUGGAGCCCCGAUGGUCAGACGAGACAAGAGGCAAAAGCAGAGAGAGAGACCAUUGGGAACAUUCACUUUCCUCUGCGAGGGAUGCGCCGCUCCCAGUCCCUAGUGACAGAGCUCGGGUCUGCAGCGAGGACAUGGGACAGCGACAUUCUGACAAGCACAGACUAUGGGAAAGGAUCCGUCAAGAAGGACUUGUUCCUCACUGAAAUCAACACGGAGAGGAGGGACAGUGAAGACCUGGGCGAGGACAGCUAUGAGAACGCCAAUCUCUGCCCCACUGGUCUGCCUAGUUAUGCUGAGGCUGAAGAGGCCUUCUCAAGAGGAAUGAGGAGAUCACGAUCUCUGCUAUCAGAGAUGUCUGAGCAAGCAGAGAAUGAAUCCAGCAGGAAAGGAGAAAUGACCAGAGAGGAGUUCUUGAAAGAGAUCCAGUCUGCUGAGACGUUUCUCACAGAGAUCAUUACCAGACAACGCAAGCAGGAAGAAGCCUUGGCCUCAACACCCCCCACAUCUCCUGAGUAUGAGUCCAUAUGCAUCGACCCAGAGGCUGGGCAGACCAUAACUUUCCAGUCUGAGAGACCAAGCACUGGGACAAACAAUGCACCCGCCGAUAUGAAGGAGGCCAUUUAUGCUCAAGUUACCAAGCGUGCAAAAAGGAGCGAAAUUAAAGUCGCCAUGCGUCCAGAUAUUCCAGUACUACAAAUAGGUUCUGAAAAUUAUGCUGCCAAACUGGAAAGGAAAAGUACCAGCCCUGGCUCUUCCUGCCUCCCUUCUGAGUCAGGGAAUGAAGAAGCAUUUGGCAAAGAUGCAACCAGUUCACAUUUUCCAUCAAACCACGAAACUGCCAUCAAACCCAGAAGCUUGGAAUUAUCUGGGGUUUCGCCAAGAAAUGGUCUUUUUCCUGACCAAUGUCUGCCUGGUGCGAAAGAAGAUUCAUUUUCGCAGAACAAUUUCACAGAGACCAACACGACACAGGCCAGUGAGGUACUGCCGCCAGAGGAGAAUCAGGAGAAGACACGUUCACUUGAUUCAAGUGAGAGGACUGGAGAAGAUGUAAGAGAUAUUGAUGAUGUGUUUAGUUCUAGAUUCCCUCUCAGCUCUCCACCAGAGAUCAUGCUGACAGGCAACAGCACUAGAGUACUAGAGCAAUUUGAUGCAGUAGAGGGAAACGAAGAGGGCAAUAAUGCACAAACCAUUAACACGUCCACAGUAAUCGCAGCCGGUACUGAAAACACUGUAGAGCAUUCAAAGCAUUGUGUAAAUAAGACCACAUUUCUAGAUCUGUCCAAUGAUACAAGUAUGGCUGAUACUGAGGGCUGUGAUGCAGAAAUGUGUACUGAGAUUGGUCAACACAUAUCAGAUCACCUCAGCUCACCUACCUGUGACCCAUCAUAUUCUACAGCCAAGCCGUAUCCCGUAGAUUCUGCAAACGAUUUAAGCACAGUCUCUCCUCAGAAAGAAAGGGAUGAUGUACACACUAGUAAUUCUGUGUCACCUAAACCUAACCGGCUGCCCUCGGCUUUGAUACCAGACUGUGACCAGAAGCUCUCUAGUCAACAGAUCAGACCUGCAGAUCCAUGUUUCUUGCCACUAACCUCUCCACACCAGACCACAGCUAACCAGCAAACACACACUGAUUCCACUUUCAUCUCGUUGACUUCCACCCAACAGACACCUACAGACUCCAGCUUCUCUCCCUUAACAUCCACCCAGCAGACCCCAACCGACUCCGGCUUCUCCCCACUAACAUCCACUCAGCAGACGCCAACCGACUCUGCUUUCUCAACCCUCACCUCCGCCUCCAGCUCCACAGACUGUCUAACAGCUGGAGACCUAAUGAUGGCGGGUGGGUUAAGCAGUGGGUGGAGAGCCUUGGGUGCGGAGACGCCUCACAGGGACUCGGCUUACUUCUCCGACAGCGACUGGGAAUCGGGAGAGGGAAUAGCCAGAAGAGUCGGAGACGGACUGGGCUUGGGCCGCCCAGGCAACAGCCGAGGAGGAGAGAGGGGAACACUGGUGGGGAUCGAGGAGAAGAUGGAGAUCGAGUAUGAAAGGGGACAUGAAGGAACAAUGCAUGAUGAGGCUGUAGUCAUCAGGGAGGAAGACAAGAUGGAAACCGAUGAGGAAAAACACCACCGAUGGUCUGAAGAAAUGGUAUUUAAUAAGGACAAUAUGAUAGAGAAGGAUUUAGUCACCUCUGAGUGUAAUGAUUAUGGACUCAAAGAGAUAGAGGAGCCAAUCAAUGAAUCGAAAGACACUCAAGGUAAAGCUAAUGAGGAGUUUAUUGCUAAGUUGUUCUCCAAUUUGGAUGAUGAACCUUUCAAAGGGUUUCCAUACAGCUGCAACAGCCAACUAAGCUAUGAGGCAUUUUCACAAAUGGACAAAGUGGAGAUAUCCAACGUUCAGUCAAAAGACAACACAUGCUAUGACCCAUCUGAGGCAAACCCGUUGUCAGUGCCGCCGAAAACAAUCCCUCCGUUUGAGCCUCAAAGUGAGAGUCAUUUACAACAGCUGUUGGAUGAAGAAGUCAGAGAAAUUCAGCCAGAUGUGAAUGAGGUGACUUCAGGUUCAGUUUUGAAGGAAUUAAAUAGUGGAUCAAGCCAAGAAGGGUUACUGGGGCCAACAAGCACGAAUCCUGACAGCAGUGAGUCUAGGCUGUCAAGGUUUUACAAUAUUAACACAAAUGACUCCAACCCCAGUAACAAUGCGCAAGAGAAUUUUGAGGAUCACAUGAGUGAUUCAAAAGAACAUGCCUGCAGAUCCCUCUUCUCUGACAGAAGUGGUGAUGAACCCACAACAGAGGACAUUCAUACAUUCGAAAUGCAGAGUGACGAUGCUAAUGAGCUUGGUCUGAGGAAUCUGAGUUACUCAGAGGACGUUAAUGAAGUGAAAGCCAUGGCGAAGUCAGAGUGUGAGAAACAGCUGGCAGCUGGAGAGCUGUGCUUUUCAAUGAAAGAGGUAUCGCGAGGUGAGAGAGAUGUUCCAGUUACUCAGAGCGAGCCCUCAGGCCCAGCAGGGACAUCUGAGGUAAACAGCAACGGAGAAGCUAAAGAGCUGGAGCUUAAAACACAAGAGCUCUGGAAUACCCUUGAGGAGGAUGAGGGAACAGGAGGCUUUGUUAAAGGGGAGCUAGACUGCCACCGCUUCCAGCAAGACAAUUUGCACCUUUGGCCAGCAGAGAAUGACCAGUGGGCGUCAGCAGAAACUCGGAGGCCUGAGGCAGAGCUGGGCUCUGAGUUUUUCUCGAGCUCUUGCAAAAAGGCCUGGGGAGAGAAGAACGGCCUGGACAUGGGUCGAGAAUUCUGGGACGCAGAAGCCAACGACGAGCUGGCAGAGAGCGAGCCUCACCCCACAGCACGCCAGAAAUUUGAGGAGGAUUUUAACGACGAAAGACAAGGACAUACUGACCACGCUGAGGUGGAGGGAAGAUCACUCUCAGUGCAGACACCCAUAAGUCAAGACUUUACGGUCUCUGAAGGGCCACACAACCUUCUCCAGCAAGCAGACAUACAGCAAGAAGAGGAGAACAUUGAAGACCUAGACCAGGGGAAUCAUGUGGAUUUAGCUGGAGAAGCUAUGGAAAUUGAAGUUGAAAACAUAGAAAAUCCCGGUCUGGACCUUCCCAGCUCAGUCAAGAUCAGACAUACAGACAGUGCUGAGGAUAGCUGUACUAUAGUCCAGAAGUACCCAGGAUUCAACAGCAUUCUGGGAGAUAGUCAAGCAGAGGAGAAUCAAAAUUUUAACAAACUUAAGGAAAAUCAUGUAACAGACACUGUAGAUGGGAGUGAGGAGCUGUGUCCUCAAACGCCAUACUCCAGUGAGAGUGAUUUUGGUGCUGCAGGGUUUGAAGCCGAUACAAACAGAAGCCACAUUCCUGACUCUGGUCAUAACAGUGAAUCUUUGGUCGAGAUUCAAAAUCACAGUGCUUGCAUAGAGGAUGCAGAAGACCAUGCUUGCCCACCAACUAAAAGAAAGAAGACAGGGGAUGGCGUCUUUGAAGAUGUCAGGGAAGAAAGCAGGUCUGAUUCUCCUUCAUGCCCCAGCCUCACCAACACUGCUGAUCCUUGCAAGAUGCACAGUAGUAACACACAAUGUUUAAUGUCUGAUUUGGUGUCUGAGGACAUAAUUCAUUCUGUACCUCCAUCUCUUUCGCAACACGACAAGUGCCAAAGCCCCACGAAUUUCCCCAAUGUUGUGCACCACAUAGAGAUCAAGGUGAGCUCUGACAGUGAGCUUAGCGUGGACAGCACCAGUGCAGGCCUUGGUGCCAAACGGGAACAAGAACGUACAGUUUCUCCAACUAGCGAGGUUCCCGCCAGUGUCUCACCCCAAGCACCUCCAGUUGUCAACACCAUUAGCAAAGGGAUCUCGGCCAACAUCAGCAUCCUUCCUGUGCAAAGACCAGAGUCGACUGACCUGAGAGAAGAGCACAACCACAAAGAUCCAAACAGUGCCAGUGAAGCUCCCUUAAACAACACCGCCAGCCUUUCCCAGAAGGCCACCCACCCACAGCUUGCGCUCGGCUCCUGCGGCGCCAUCCCUGAACUGUUGAUCUCUGAGUGGAAGGACCUGGAGGAGGAGCCCUUGGAGGAUUUUGAGAGACUGGAGCAGCUGUGCCGCAUCUCUGGAGAUGAGGAUUCCCUCGGAGAUCUCUUCCUGGGGAACCUGGAGCUGCUGGAGUCUCUGAAAAAGACCCCGGAGCAAAGACUAAAGAGCAGGAGUGAGAGUAAUAAUGAGGACGCAACGUGCUCUGAGGCAGCUAAGCCAUCGGAAGAAGAAGAUUCUGGAAGACUAGAAAUGAAAAAGGAUGUUGACUGUUUGUCAGACACUUUACGAGCCAAUUCUGAGGAGCAGGGAAGAUAUGAUGGCUCUAAUCAGACCUAUAGUCCUGAGUCUUCCUGGGGAAAGCGUCUUUCUCCUGACAUUAACAGAAAGACUCUUCAGACUACAUCAAACCACUCACCAAGUCAUGCUGGUGAGGGAGCAAAGGGUCAACAGUCACUGUCAACGAUGCCCACAAAGAAUGGCCUCAUGAUGCAGGUGUGUGAAGAGAGGUUACAGUACUCACUCAGUGAGAACGUUCAAACCAACGUCCUUUGGGGCCCCGCCACGGUCAGCGACAGUGUCGUUCUAAGACCGUGGAGUGAUACCGCUGUUACGGAGCAGGAAGAGGAGAGCAACAGCACUGCAGACAAACAAACCACCAAGAGCAAAGAGAAGCCUGAGGCGGUUGAUGCGUCUUUGCUGGAGAAGGAGGCUGCUGAGGCCCCAUUGGAGCCACUGACUGUUCUUGAGCAGCCCGAGAUGACUCCUUCCCCACCGGCCGCAAACCAGGCAAUGAAAGCUAAACUGGCUCGUCUCUCCCUUUCCUUGCCUCCACUCGCUCUCUCCCUCCCUCUGUCCCCCAAUCCUAAGGUAGGCUUUUGGGAAGGGGGGGAGAGCAGAGACAGAAGUGGGAGAAGGAGGGGGCUACCAAUAGGAGGUGAUCCUGAUGAAGAUGAGGAAGAGGAGGAGCAGGACGAUGAGACGCCCAGGAGAGUGAUUGUUGUCACGGAGACUGACGUUGAUAAGAGAGUGGGGCUGAGGAGUUUACUGAAGUCGCCACGAGAACCGGUAGACAAAGAGAACAGGGACAGGGGAAGGAACGUGUCCUUUUUUGAUGAUGUCACAGUCUACCUCUUUGAUCAGGAAACUCCAACAAAUGAGCUGGGGUCUUGCUCCACUCCCACGAGUCCAUCAGCACCUGGAAAGUCUCAUUUUGAUGGAUUUGGUACAAGCAAGAUGAGCAAGAGCAGAGACCAUUCCACAAAAGCAAGAUCUCCCACCGGCUCCUCCCGUGUGACAUCAUCCCGUUUCACCGUUAGUCCCGCUGACGAUCCUCACUUAGUCUGAUUACAUAGUCUCUAAUGUAAGGACCGAGCUGUCAGUCAAUAUUGGAGGGGUCCUACGUUAUUCAACACUACCCCUCCUAGCACUGAUGCCACUACUCUCUGUUAUUUUUUAAAUGAGGCAACAGAAAGACUCCUUUUACUGAAACUGGAAGCAUCCCAGGAUUUACUGUUGGCAGGAUUCUUGACGUUUGUUUAUAUGUCUCAAUAUCCCUCAACGCCAUGUUUGAGGAACAUAUAGACAGAAAUGAAUGACCAUAUGUGUCAGUAACUCACAUUGCUGAAGAGUCUGGAGUUGGCCCAUUCUCUAAUAGUCUAACAGCUAUGCAAUGGGAGUCCUCUCGUGUACCAGCUUGUAUUUUUGAGCAUCUAACCUUUGUAUUUUAAGGCACUUUCUUUCCCCUAUUACGUGUGAGCUUGAAUUAAUCUAACUUGCAUUUGUAAAUUUGUUCUCAUGGCAGUCGUCAUCUGUGUUGGCUUCAGCUGGAAGGGAACAUGACUAUUAAAAGUGCAGUACUCUCUGAUCAUUUGUAUAAAUUAAUGAUAGUGACUCUUACAGGUGUAUACAACCUCAUUUUAGAGCUAUUUAUUUUAGAUGAAUUCUUAGAAUGCACGCAAAGAUUAAACAUGGAUUCAUGAGGUUUUAUUUGUUUAUUUAUUUAUCUGGUCAUUCAUUUAUUACUGAAUUAAUUUAUUUACUAAUUUAAUUGUUUUAUUUGUUUGUUUUGGUUGGCCUGCUCCUAAGGAUUGCAUAAUGAUGUAGAAUCACAUUAUUUUUGAGAUAUUACAUUUGCCAAUUAAGACCUUUUUUGGUCUAUGAAUUCUCUUCAACAAAAGUACAGUAAAAUAUUUCCCCAUAUCUUUUCAAUGCUUUCACAUGUUUUACAUUAGUUGUAGCCUUUUGUAGAUGUCAGCUGUCGCUAUGUACAGAAUGUGUCUUAUUGUGUGUUUACCAUUUAUUUUUUAGUAAUGCUAUAUUUCUUUGCCAUAUUUUUUCAAGUAAUGUAGCUUAGCAUGACAAAAAAUUAAAUUUGCAAAUAUAAUAUAAGUUUACUAAUCUACUCCUUCAUUUUGUACACCUCUCCAUAGUAGUUUAGUUCCAGCAUAUGUUGAGUCUGUUUCAGCGUCAGUUUGAUAUUGUAUUGUUUGAAUAACAAAUCUCACGACACUGUAUAAAGCUGGGGAAAUAAAAACAACAUGAAAACUGUGAAACAUUUAUGGAUCUGUUUGAUGACAAUAAAUUGUACUGUCUUAUAA